CUUUCUUUCCCUUUCCACUUUUUUAGCUCACUUUUGCCCACCUCAGGACUAAAAUAUCUCACACCACAUAGGCAGAUACUUAACUCAAACAAACCCGACCCGACCCGAAACGCGACCCGAUCCAGGCCAUGUCAGGAGCUACCACCACCGAUUCGUCCGGAGACCCCGGCCUCCGUCUAUCGACUCCGACGCUCGACGCCGAGUCGAAGUCCCUGUUACAGUCAAUCUCUGCUCAGGGCGGCUACGCCUUCGCUCGCAUGGCGGCUCUAGCGGUGGCCGGUGACCAAAGCGCGGCGGAGGCGGCGCGUGAUAUGGCCUGGGAGCAACUUCACUCCGGUCCAUGGCACUCUGUCCUCCCCGUCUGGCGCGACGCUUACUCAAUGGCCUGCCUCCAAGUCGCCAAGUUCCACUUCGCCGCCGGCGAGUUUGGGGAAGCCCUAGGGGCGCUCGACAUGGGACUCAUCAUGGGAGGGAUGCUUCUCCGCAAGGACCUCCACGAUUCUGUUCUGUUAAUCUCCUCCGAAGCUCGUAAGAAGGCCGAGAGUCUCGAAGCUUCCGGAGAUUUCAAGGGUGAGAAAUUGGUCCCGGAAGUCCCCGUCGACGUCAAUGAGGUGCUUAAGAUCCUACCUUGCAGGUCCUUAAGAUCUCGAAGAGUAGAGAAGAGGUCUGGUUUAUCUUUGGAGGGGUUCCUGCGUGAAUAUUUUCAACCCGGUACACCUGUUGUUAUAACCAAUUGUAUGGCUCAUUGGCCAGCCAGGACCAAGUGGAACCACUUGGGCUAUCUCGACGCCGUUGCUGGGAAUCGAACCGUUCCCGUCGAGGUGGGGAAGAACUAUCUGUGUUCUGAUUGGAAACAAGAGCUUGUGACGUUUUCCAAGUUUCUUGAACGGAUGCGUACCACCGAUGGAUCUUCUUCCGUGGAACCUACUUAUCUUGCUCAGCAUCCGUUGUUUGAUCAGGUUGUUGGCAAGAAGUAUAUAAGGCUUUACCCAUCCUCAGUGCAAGACGAGCUUUACCCUUACUCUGAGACAAUGCUCUGCAACUCUAGCCAGGUUGAUCUCGACAACAUCGACGAGACCGAGUUCCCAAAGGCAGUGGAGCUAGAGUUUAUGGACUGUAUCCUAGAAGAAGGCGAAAUGCUGUAUAUUCCACCCAAAUGGUGGCACUAUGUCAGGUCCUUGACAAUGAGUUUCUCGGUUAGCUUCUGGUGGAGCAAUGAAGCAGAUUCAUCUGACUCGUAGCGAAAGGAGCUUCUAAAUCUCUGUUUUCUGGUUCUAAGUUCACUACUCCCUGUCUUAUAUACACAAUUAUGUGUUAGAUCAUAAAAGGGUUUAAAGAAGUAAGUAAUUAGAGAAGAAAACAAUUGCUCUGAGCAUGAAGAUGUUUGUUUGGUCCACGCCUAUCUUGUAAAAGACAAAUGAGAGCUUUUAAGUCUUAACACAGACUUUUCUUUUUUUGUAUUAUCGUUGCAUUAAGCAAGAAAACGUUUCAAGUAGAGUCUAGUCUUCC